AUGACCGAUCAGCUGACAUUCGUUACCCUCGACGUCUUCACGACUACGCCGUUCAAGGGUAAUCCCCUUGCCGUCGUUCACUUGCCUCCGGGGUUAUCGAUCUCUCAGACCCAAAAGCAGACUAUCGCCCGGGAAUUCAACCUCUCCGAAACGGUGUUUAUCCACGAUGUCGACAGCAACGACCAAGGCCGAUCCAGCCGGCACAUCGACAUAUUCAUGACGGACAGAGAACUUCCCUUUGCAGGCCAUCCCACAGUCGGCACGGCUGCCUACCUCCGGCUGCAGGGUGUCAGCGAGCUCAUCACCAAGGCUGGAUCUGUUCCUAUCCGGUUCAACCCAGACGAAGGCCUGGUUAGUGUCUCUGUCCCCCACGACACCUACCUCAAUUCAAAGUCUUUGAUCAACAUUGAACCGACCCUUAACACCGAUCGCCUCCAUCCCAACCCUGAAAUCCGCUUGGCAGAACUCAAAGCACCGCUCUUCAGUAUUGUCAAAGGCGUAACCUUUAGCCUUAUUCGUCUGGCAUCCCUAGACCAUCUGUCCCAAAUCUCCUCGGGCGCCUUCCCCUGCGAAUCGGAAGACGUCAUGGACGCAGUGCGGAGCGAAACGUAUAUUGGGCGGUAUUAUUAUUCGCUCAUGGAGACGAGUAUCUCGAGUGGCGGUGUGAGGACGGUUGAGUUGAGGACGAGGAUGGUGGAAGCCAAGAUGGAGGAUCCAGCUACUGGGUCAGCAGCGUCUGCGUUGACCAGUUAUCUUGCGCUCAAGGAGUACAGUGAGACUGAUAUUCGGUUUAAUAUCACACAGGGCGUUGAGAUGGGACGGAAGAGUGAGAUUGUAGUCGAGGUCAAGGUUAAUAUUGGAAAGAAUGGAGAGAGGAGUGUAAACGAGGUACAGCUUGGGGGCAAGGCAAAGCAGAUUACGAAGGGAACUAUUAUCAUCCCGCUUGUUUAG